UUAUGGAAAUUUUUUCCUGUAACGCUUACAAGAAUUUCUCAUAGUGAAUGAAUUGGUCUAAAAAGUGAAAUGUCACUAGUGAAUUUUUGUCUGUGCUCCGUCGAUUACACAUGGAGGAAAUAGGACGCGAAGUUGACUGCUCUCCGCCUGCCUUAUACCGAUGUCGUUGUUCCAAACGAUAGAUAAUUGGUCGAUAAUUGGGGAUCCAAAACCGCGACAAGCAAAAUGGAGUCUUUCCCUUCCUCGGCGAGGCUGUCGCGGGACUUCAUAGGACCGUAUGGCACGGCAGUUUCACACGCUAAAGAAAGACAACAGUGCCUAGUCAAUCGGAGUAGCGGAAAAUACCCCCUCCUUACUUUCCCUACCAAUAAUCACUCUUCCUUUCCGUCUCUUUAUUGAUCGCUCAAUCUGCCCUACGCAUAGCAGACGCAGCGGACCCGUCGUCUGUCAAAUGUCGUCACGAAUGUUGUCUCUGCUGCAGUGUAUGUUGGCUCGCCUGGCGUGCGUGGCGGUGACCGCGGGCGUGCUGCUCGCAGGGGUGCGCGCCGGCAAGCUGCACCACGAGGAGCACGAGGAGCACAUCGACUAUUACACCAAACCCAAGUACGACUACAAGUAUGGCGUGGAGGACUACAAGACGGGCGACCACAAGUCGCACUGGGAGACGCGUGACGGCGACGUGGUCAAGGGAGAGUAUUCGCUGCUCGAGCCCGACGGCACCUACCGCACCGUCAGCUACACGGCCGACAAGCACAACGGCUUCAACGCCGUGGUGACGCGCAGCGGCAAGGCGUCGCACCCCGAGCACAAGGAGGAGGUCCAACACCACCACCACCACCACCACGAGUCCCCCGGCAAGCUGCAUCACCUGGAGCACCACGACUACGAGCACCAGGGCAGCAAGCAGGAGGAGGCCGUGGUGUCCAAGCCGUACAAGAGCCGCUACCUCGCCGUCCAGCCGCAGUUCCACGAGGACGAGGGUGCGACGGCUCCCUCCAGCCAGUCCGUGAACGCGCUCCCGGCGCCCUCCUCUGCCGCCCUCGGCCCCCAGGUGCAGGCCUCUUCCCCGAGGUCCUCGACGGCCCACUACUUCCCCGGGAGGGUGGUUGGCGGCGCCAAGCCUGAGCCGUUCAAGCUGAGCGCCGAAGCCGCGUCCCUGCGACCGGCCGCGCACGUUGCCGCCGCGUCCACCCCGUCCUCCAAGUCCUUCUCCAAGCCCUUCUCUGGCUACUCCAGCUCGGACGCGCACUCGGACGACGCCCCCUUCACGCCGUCCGCCAGCGCCUUCGGCUCGUCGACGUCCGGGGCGUUCCCGACCAGCGGCUCGUCCCGCACGUCCACCCCCGCCUACAGCAAGCAGCGGCAGCAGAGCCUCGGGGACUCGUCCAGCGCGUCGCACUCGUACUCCAGCCUCUCCAGCCCCCACAGUUCAUUCUCCGGGAGCGGCUUCAUCAGCCUCUCCGGCAAGGACUCCAGCAGAUCCGCCGGCCAAUCGGCCAGCCACCCGGCCUCCUACUCCGGCCAGACCGGCAGCUUCUCCAGCGUCUCCAGCCAACAAGAGGGCGGCCAUACCUAUUCCAGCACCAGCCCCCACUCCAUCUUCUCCAGUCAGCCCAGCGCGCCGGCGCGCUCCUCCAAGCCCACCGCGAUCUCCGCCAAGCUGACCCCCGGCCUGACCCGACCGUCGUUCCCCCGGGUGAGCGACGAACAGGCCAGCAACGCGGUCCGCCACAGCGAAGACGACUUCGAGGACGACGAGGAGGGCUUCCCCAGGUUCUCGUCGACCUUCAGACCGACGCCAUCCGCGGCAGCGCUGUCGCAGCGCGGUCCCCAGCGCUUCGAGGAUGACCGUAGCAGCAGCAGCAGCAGCAGCGGCAGCGGUAGCGGUAGCAGCGGUAGCAGCGGAAGCGGUAACCGUGCCUAUCGGCACGGCACCUCGGCCGACGGCGAGCGCAGCUUUGUUGAGGUGGGGAUGGGGGGCUACCCGGACGGCGCCUACGAGUACGUCGAUCGGGCCCAGGGCUCAAACUGAGAUUAAACUGUCCCACCGGACACGGGGCGCGAUAGAAAAUCGUGUUGCGCUAUUCGAGUCCUUUGGAAACUUUUAAACCGCAACUAAAAUUCGACCAAGUAUUUCUGACAGCCGUGUGCAAAAACUUUAACGUUUUGUGAACUGCCAGGUAAUGGGUGAAUUUAACACAUUUGCUCGACCUUCGUAGCGAAGCCAUGCAAUAGGAGACUUAUGCAAACUUGUGAUAAGCGAGUGCGUGUGUAUGUGAGAGGGUGCGUAGGGCGUAUCAGAUGUGUAAUGUGGCGCUUACGGUAGGCGUGUCCGCCACAGUCUUAUUUAAAUUAUUUAACUUCAUGUACAUAAUAACCUAGCAACUAUUACAUAAUUUUGUUUUAGUCUAUUUAUGCAAUUGUAUUGUUCUUAUUGUUUUUUGUUAAAUAUUUUAUUCUAAUAAAGAUACAUGUUUUCCCGAA